AUGGACCGUCCUAUGAUGGUGGGGGACCUUCGUCACAAAUCCGACGCACGAAGACCAGGAGCGGCAGACCGCGUCGCAGCCGGCACGCGGCCGGCACGCAGCGCGGCUCGCAUCGCUGCGGCCGACAUAGUCGUGACCUCGGCGCAGCUGAUGUUCCGCGAUUCGUGGCUGGUCGUCGGCGCUUUCGUCGUUCUCGUAUUUCUCGUGAUUCAGGGGAGUGCUCCAGAUGCACUGACUGAGAUUCGACGUCGACCUCGUUCGAUCUUCGUCAGAUCCGAUUUGACGUAUUGA